ACCGUAAAAGAUUAUUCUUUUGGAAAGAGAGAGAGAGAGAGAGAGAGAUGGGAAGAAGGAGAAGAACGAUGAAAUGCGUCUUGCUCGACGAAUCUGUGCUUCUCAAUCCCGACGACAAUGAAGAUUCCACGCCGCCGCGGCUUCGAGAUUCUGUCCCGUCGCUUCUCAGGCUGCUUCGUUAUUCUAUGAACCGAACGGGGAUAUCUUAUGGUCUUGAUCUUCCGGAAAACAAGGUGGAUUUACUGAGGAAGACGGCAGAGGAGUACUCCAUCGAUUGCUUACCUUUGGAGACGUCUCUGACACGUGUUGCUUUUGGUGAUGCUCUCAAAGCAUGGUAUCCUGAUGGUGACAUUCUCUAUGUUGCUUCAAGUCGAAAAGAAGAGACGCUGCGUGAACUGAGUCCGAGCCAGCUUGUUCUUGUACUUGAAGGGGAUUCAUGUGAGGAUCCUAACAAGCUCCAUAUCAGUAGGCUUGAAGAGCUUCCAAUGACUAUUUGCUGCAUGAACAAAAAGGCAAUGGGUGAUGGUGCUGCAAUAGUUGCUUACAUCAUGAAGCCAUCUCGCGUAGAGGACUUUGCCAAGAGGGGUGCUUUGCCCAUGUAUCCUACUUCAAAUGGGCUCAUCUUUCUACCCCUCAUGUUUGAGUUCACUCUCUCAUCUCAACUCAAACACGCUGACAUCAUUUUCCACAAAGCAACUGAUGAAAUCGUGUCCAUUCAACUGAACUGCUCCGUCCCAAAAUCAUCUGUUGCAGUUACAUUCUCUGCCGGCAUGGAGGAGCUGCGAAAGUAUAUGGAAAAUCAAAUUGCUUGUGCUGUAGUUGACCCGAUUCAGAAUAUAUAUCCUGUCCUGGACCGACUCAAGAUGCAGCAUAUUCUUCUUGGAUUAGAGGACCUUACUGCACCAGGACGAAAGAUAAGAGGCGCCUGCUUCCUCAAGAUUGACAGCUAUGAUGAGCCUGAUCUGGCUCAAAACAUGUCUAGCGCUGGACUGUCUCUUCCAUGUAUCGUGAAACCUCAGGUUGCCUGUGGUGUUGCUGAUGCUCACAGCAUGGCUAUUGUCUUCCGAGUUGAGGACUUUAAGGAUUUGAAAACUCCUGUUCCUGCCAUUAUCCAAGAGUAUGUGGACCAUUCAUCAAGGAUCUUCAAGUUUUACGUGUUGGGGGAAAAGAUCUUCCAUGCAGUGAAGAAAUCAAUCCCUAGCUCUUCCACCCUAAGGAAAUCAGCUGAAGGAAACGGUCUCGGACCACUUCUCUUUGACAGCUUAAAGUCUUUACCAAUCAGUUCCGCAAAUGAGAAUCCGGUAGAUGAGAUUGAUCUAGAACUGGUUACAGAAGCAGCUAAGUGGCUGAGAAAGAAGCUUGAUCUCACAAUCUUCGGAUUUGACGUGGUUAUUCAAGAAGGAACAAGAGAUCAUGUGGUAGUAGACUUGAACUACCUACCGUCGUUUAAAGAAGUCCCUGAUAACAUCGCAGUUCCUUCCUUCUGGGAAGCCAUCAGAAACAAGUUCGACCAACAUGUUUAAGACCACUGAAUCCGACAUUGUGGGAGGAAGCCCUUUUCUGUCUGAAACUAAUAAUAACUGUAAAAAAAACAGAAUAAAUGUACUACUAAUAUUUAAGGACCAGCAAGUGAAAGUUUGUUUUUUUUGUGAGCAAAGCAAGUGAAAGUUUGUUCUGUCUUAA